AUGAGGGCCCCGUGUGGGGGCAGGCCGCGGUCCCAGGUGAGAACCCGUUCCUGGUGACGUGAUACGUGGGGGGAGAGCUGGGAUGGAUGUCCCCAGGCAGAGCGAGGGCCCCGGUGCCGCUGUUCCCUACCUGACUUAAGAGCCCGUUUGCCAGCGGAAUGGGAAAGCCAGGCCCCGGUGUCCUCUGUGUGGGGUUAACAGCCCGGUCCUGGUGUCCCUGUAUGGGCGGGGAAGGCCGGGUCUGGGGUCCUGGCAUGGAAUUAAGGCCUCGCUCCUGGUGUCUUCACAUGAGGUCACUGCCCCGGUCCUGGUGUGCCCGCCGUGCCCUCACAAGGCAGGAACCCCAGUCCUGGUGUCCCCAUGUGAGAGGCUCAGUCCCGGUGUCUCUGUAUGGGGAGGGAAGCCCUCUCCCGGUGUGCCAAGGCCUCACAGCUCUCCCUCCCACCCUUAGCAGCUCAAGGACCCUGCAGGACACCGGGAGCAGAACAGCUGCCGGCCUCAGCCUGUCCUUUGGAGCGGGACAUGGCCUCCGCGCUCCCCGGCAGCUGCCUCUGCUCAUCCGGCCUCCCUCAAGCACCAGGUGAAGCCGUGCCAAGCAGCACCGCCAGCAUCUCGCUGUGGACAGUGGUGGCUGCAGUGCAGGCGGUGGAGAAGAGCGUAGAGGCCCACGCCUCCCGGCUGCUCAACCUAGAGCGAAGGACGGUAACCACUGAGAAAAAGUACUUGGACUGUGAAAAAACAGUGGUGGAUUUUGGGAACCAGCUGGAGAGCAAGCUGACCGUGCUGGGCACUCUCAUCCGGGAGUACGGGCAGCUGCAGCGGCGUCUGGAGCACAUGGAGAACCUGCUGAAGAACAGGAACUUCUGUGUGUUGCGUCUGCCCUCCGGCCUCAAGGCCCCAGAGGCAUCUGAAAGUGACACGGCUUGCUUUGCUGAGCAAGAGUGGGAGAACCUGGAGGAAUGGCAGAAGGAGCUGUACAAGAACGUGCUGAGAGGGGACGGUGAAUCUCUGAACUCUCUGGAUUAUGCAAUCUCCAAACCUGACCUCUCGUCCCGGCUUCAGAGAGGAGAAGUGCCCUGCAGUGAGGUGACCUCAGGACAGAAGGAGAUUCCUACCGAGCCGAAUGCAGACUUCAGCAUUGCAGAGCCGAGCUUCGCGGGAGCUCUGAAGCAGAAUGAAGAGGUGUGUGCGGAGGAGCAGGAAGCCACGGAGGGUGCAGAGUUUACUGAGCUCAGCGUGGUUCCAGCUGAUGAGGUGAUAGCAUUCAAAAUAGAGCAGCUGGACUCUGACGAAUGCCUGCAAAGCUCAGAGUGUCCCGCAGCUUUAUCCGGGGAAUCGGAAGACGUGGUUUUCCAGAGCGCCAACGAGGUGCUGCCCUUUGACAGUCAGUACAGCUCUGCUGUGCCCCUGGGAAACCAGAGCAUGAGCAGGUUGGUGCCAUCUGCUUCUGGGGAAGGCGAUCUUGGUGAAAUCAACACCGUCACAUUCUACAGGCAAGAGUAUCCCGAGGAGAGGCCUCACUCGUGUGUUGCAUGUAGGAAGGGCUUAUGUCUGAAGAAGAUGCUGAUGAUGCAGCAGCAGAAUUACAGCACGCUGUGUGGCAGUGAGCCCGCUGAAGACGAGAACAUCUUCAUCCAUCAGCCUCACCAGCAGAUCCACGUUGCCACAGAGAGCUUCAAGCAGAACCCGAAGGUAAAAGCUCCCGCUGGCGUCUCAGCCACAAACAAGGCACGUGGCAGCUCCAGGUGCAUGAAGAGCAUCAGCAGCAACCGCAGCAAACCUGGGCACCCGCAGGGGAAGCCUUACAAGUGCAGCAAGUGUCAGGAGUGCUUCUCCCAGAAGAAAACCCUCAUCGUCCACCAGCGCGUGCACUCGGGCCGGAGCCCGGGGGUCCUUUGGUGCUCGUACUGUGGGAAGACUUUCAGCCAUCCCUCCAAUCUGAUCCGGCAUCAGAGGAUCCACACUGGGGAGAGACCAUACCAGUGCAACGAGUGCUUGAAGCGCUUCACCCAGAAGCAGCACCUCCUUCAGCACGAGAAGAUCCACCUGCGAGAGAGGAACUGCGCCGUCAGGAGUCACACGAGGGAGGCACCGCUAUAGGGCUUCCAGGUUGUGCAGGGCUCGCGUGGCCCUACAGCCCCCGGGCGAGGAAGGCAGGAGAGGACAGAGUCUCUGCUGCUCGGCAUCAAAGUCUCUCUAUUUAUCAUAAAGUAGAAUUAGGAUCCACCACGGCAUGACUGCCCUCUUCUGCGUGGUGGUGAUGAUGCGAUACCUCAUAGUUAGCUGAAAGUCUCUUAAGAACAAAAGUGUGUCGGGUCUCUCCAGGUUUGAGUCAGUUAUUUGAACUGGUUACAGCAAACAGCUGCUUUUCACCUGGAGUUUCCCUCCCUGCAUUCCUUGAUGAAUUUCUGCUGUGCUCAGUUUCGUGGGCAAGCUUGAGUGACGUGUUUAAAGGACUCCAGGAUAUUAAAGACAUGCACGAGAGGAAGUGUCACUGAUGACUUGCAGGGAGACCCUGGGUUUGUACUGCAGUGACAGGGGAAUUCCCUUUUUGUCUUGCUUCUGAGCACACCUAAUAGAGGCAGCAUUGCCCAGGCUCCUCCUGGUACCUCUUGGACUCCCAGUGGAACUGAAGGGAGAAACAAUUGAUAAGCCAGAGGCAGUGCUCAGCUGUGCCCUCAGGCUGAAGUGAGCGCUGGGAUAAUGUUCUGUAUCUGCCCCUGCAUUAACACUUUUUCCUUUGUCUUUAUUGUCCUCAUCUCUCUUUCCUCCUGCUAGCGUGGGGUACGUAUGCUCUUCUGAUAGUAGAGAUGGGCUUUCAUUGUAUCCCAGAAGGAAACGCGUUCGGCCAACAGCCCCAAUACAUCGUGCAGCUUCAGGGCUCACAGCACUGUCUGACCUGGCUUAAAGCUGCUCUUUGAUCUCCCCAUUGCUCACGGGGCUUUUGAAACCUCUCUGCCACUUCCUGGUCCCCAGGUGCCCACUAGGACGGGUGCAUGUGGCUGGCUCGUGCUUGCAGGGACAGAAGUGUUCCUGGGCAGGUCUGUUAGCUGGAAGCUCUUCUGGCCCAGCAGUGAGCUCUUUCCAGGACCUCGCUGUUCAACGCCACCUGCCCUGAUGUUGGAGCACAAGACAGCAGUGCUGCUGUGCCUGUUGCAGCCAAGCGGCGAGGCAGCUCCAGGCUCUGGUUUAGGCUAACCUGACUCCUGCAGAAUCUGGAGCAGGUUGGGGUGAGCCUGUGUGAGCCUGUGUGAGCCUGUGUGAGCCUGU